AUGGGCUUCGACAGGCACUCUGGCAUGGUAGGAAGAGGCUUGCCCAAGAAGGGAGGCUUCGCUGGCUGGGGCCGACCGGGAGAGGAGGACGGCGUGGACGUGCUCGACGAGAGGGACCCCAACUUCGACGACCUGGGCGAGGAGUUCGAGGAGGAGGCCGCGGGCGGCGCUGUGGCCGUGGACAACCCGCCCAAGGUCAUUGUCGAUAAGCUGCCGGCCGAAGAGGCGGUCGCCGCCCCCUCGGUGGCCCCCGCCUCCGAGCCCUCGCAGCCCGAAGCCCACUAG